UUCCUUCAAUCACAGGGGAAGGCGAAGCAGCCAGAAGGAACGGACCCAUUACAGAGCUCCGAUGCCUCUUCUAUGGAUUUAGGAAUCUCCCAAUUAAACCCUAGAUUCUCGAACGGAGAUCCAAGGGACGUAGCCACUUCCCAAUUCCCAAGUCCCUUCGCCAGAACCCUUGCUUUUCCGGCAACCUAAUUUGUGUAAGUAUGUCGGAGCUAUCUGGAUUUUGGGGGGAGAGAGAGAGAGUUUGCGGCAGCAAAAAGUUCCGAUCUUUGCAUUUGAUGAGUUACUAGUUGAUCCGUAGAGAAUAGGGUUCGAGCACACUGAUCCAUUUGAUGCUCAAACUAGCCAUUCAGUUGGAGCUGUAUUAGACAAACAAUGGCAGGUUUAUCACGUAGUCUGCUUGCAUGCCUUCACACUGGACAGCUUGCGUUUUUGGCAAUUUUAGUAGCUGGUGGAAUUACAUUGCAAGUUUUGGCAUGCGCUCUAUACAAUAAUUGGUGGCCUAUGCUAACAGUAAUAAUGUAUGUGAUUCUGCCCAUGCCGUUGUUGUUCUUCGUGGGAUCCAACAGUACUUCACUAAUGUCCAGUGACGGAGAUGGAUGGGUGAAUUUCACUAAGUUCUUAACAGGGGCUUCGGUGGUAGGAAGCAUCGCAAUACCCUCCAUCUUAAAGCAUGCCGGUAUCAUUUGUUGGGGUGCUCUGUUGAUGGAGCUUUCUUCUUUUCUGAUUUUUGGUGUGGCUAUUGUAUGGUUCCUUCAUAUGAGCAAUGAAGAUAGUUACAGUAUGUUCUGAGAUUUUGGUGAUGAAUGCAUAUCGGUGUGAAAGAAAACAUUACUGCAUUCCUGUGCAUGUACAGAGGCGUGCGUUUCAUUGCAUUAACAAGGGUCCCUUUUCAGCUGAUAUUCAACUGAUAGACAUUGAAUUAUAUCUGUGAAUCAUUGAUGUUUUUAGUAUUGGGCUUCUAAUUCAUGUGUAUGCUUUGAAUGCUCGGCGCAGUCUAAAGUUCAGUUUUAUUAUCUUUCCUCUUUC